AUGAGCGGUCAUUCUUUUGUCCUGCUUGAGGAUGGCGCAAAGCUUGCCUACCAGAUUCUGGGCGCUCAGCACCUUGGCUCUAGCUCUAGGCAACCAAUCGUUUUGGUAGGCGGGAUAUCUUCGACGCGCGGUGACUUCGAAAGGCUAUCUGACGAGCUUGCUAAAUCCCGUCCAGUCCUCGUAUUUGAUCACCGGGGGAUUGGGGACUCCACCUACUCAACCGAGGCCAAGGAUGACAAUAUCACCAUCGAAUCAAUGGCGCGCGACUUGUGCUUCCUUGUGGAGUCUUUGCAGUGGGAUUCCAUUUCGAUAUGCGGUUAUUCUAUGGGCGGCGUUAUUACGCUGCAGUUACUCUUCCUGCCCCACAUCGUCAACAAUCCUAAGCCACUACCCUUCAAAAUUACGCACGUCUUCCUGACGGCAACGUUGACUUCUGUGCUGAAGGAUAAAAAUUACGGUGUUCGAUUGAAUCCGCUGCCCACGGACAGAGAACUUACGCCGGAGGUGCUCAGAGAGUUUAUCAAACCCCAGAUGGAACUGAUGUUCGACCCAAAAUGGCUUGCUGAUGCAUCCACGCAGGCCCGUCAGGAGUGGUGGCUAAGCCGGAUGCUGAUUAAGAGACCGUACAAAACGAUAGUUAAACAAGCUCGAGCGACAAAUCGAUUCGAUUUCUCCGGACUACAUAGCAAGCUGCGAAACACAAGAAUCUUGAUCAUUCAUGGCACGGCGGAUCGUGUUGUCCCGUACUACUGUGGCGAAGAAAUUCAUCGCCUGAUGCCUUGGGCGCAGACCGUGCAAGUUGGAUCAGAGCCCGGCCAACUGCCCAGCCUCGAGUUCGGUCACAACUGGUACGAAUAUUUCGAUAUCAAAGUGUGGCGUGAUGUCUUCGAAACGUUCUUGCGCUCCUCGGGAGAUCAGAAGGCACGAUUGUAG